AUGGUAAAGAUAAGUGUCAUAGCGAGCGUUGCCGCAUUGGCUACAAGUGCAGCUGCUAUUACCGCGACCACUACAUUAUCUCCUUAUGAUGAAAGAGUCAACCUAAUUGAAUUGGCUGUUUACGUCUCUGAUAUCAGAGCCCAUCUGUUCCAGUACUACUCUUUCCAAAAUCGACACAAGAGUGAGACAUAUCCUCCGGAAAUUGCUAAAGCCGUUUUUGACAAUGGCGAUUUCACCACCAUGCUAACCGGGAUUUCGGGUGACGAAGUAACCAGAAUGAUCACAGGUGUUCCGUGGUAUUCUACGAGAUUAAAGCCUGCUAUCUCUGUAGCACUUUCAAAGGAUGGUAUUCUCACUGUUAUACCAACCACAACCUCUACCACCUCUACUACUUCUACGAAAUCUACUACUUCUACGAAAUCUACUACUUCUACGAAAUCUACUACUUCUACGAAAUCUACUACUUCCACUACCUCUACUACUUCUAAAACUUCUAUUAUAACUCAUAUUUCUGAUACAUCAAGUGCUUCCAUUCAAAAGACAUCUUCAAGUGAUAUCUAUUCUUCUUCUGAAUCUGGCUCUUCCAGUGUAUCCACCUCUUCUGCCACACCCGCCUCUUCUAGUGAAGUGACUACUUCUUCUGAACCUAACUAUUGGAGUGUAUCCACCUCUUCUGCCGCACCCUCCUCUUCUAGUGAAGUGACUACUUCUUCUGCCGCACCCGCCUCUUCUAGUGAAGUGACUACUUCUUCUGAACCUGGCUAUUCGAUUGUAGUCACCUCUUCUGCCACACCCGUCUCUUCUAGUGAAGUGAUUACUUCUUCUGAACCUGGCUAUUCGAGUGUAGUCACCUCUUCUGCCACACCCGUCUCUUCUAGUGAAGUUAUUACUUCUUCUGCCGCACCCGCCUCUUCUAGUGAAGUGAUUACUUCUUCUGAACCUGGCUAUUCGAGUGUAGUCACCUCUUCUGCCACACCCGCCUCUUCUAGUGAAGUUAUUACUUCUUCUGCCGCACCCGCCUCUUCUAGUGAAGUGAUUACUUCUUCUGAACCUGGCUAUUCGAGUGUAGUCACCUCUUCUGCCACACCCGCCUCUUCUAGUGAAGUUAUUACUUCUUCUGCCGCACCCGCCUCUUCUAGUGAAGUGAUUACUUCUUCUGAACCUGGCUAUUCGAGUGUAGUCACCUCUUCUGCCACACCCGCCUCUUCUAGUGAAGUGAUUACUUCUUCUGAACCUGACUAUUCGAGUGUAGUCACCUCUUCUGCCACACCCGUCUCUUCUAGUGAAGUUAUUACUUCUUCUGAACCUGGCUAUUCGAGUGUAGUCACCUCUUCUGCCGCACCCGCCUCUUCUAGUGAAGUUAUUACUUCUUCUGCCGCACCCGCCUCUUCUAGUGAAGUUAUUACUUCUUCUGCCGCACCCGCCUCUUCUAGUGAAGUUAUUACUUCUUCUGCCGCACCCGCCUCUUCUAGUGAAGUGACUACUUCUUCUGAACCUGGCUAUUCGAUUGUAGUCACCUCUUCUGCCACACCCGUCUCUUCUAGUGAAGUUAUUACUUCUUCUGCCGCACCCGCCUCUUCUAGUGAAGUUAUUACUUCUUCUGCCGCACCCGCCUCUUCUAGUGAAGUGAUUACUUCUUCUGAACCUGGCUAUUCGAGUGUAGUCACCUCUUCUGCCACACCCGCCUCUUCUAGUGAAGUGAUUACUUCUUCUGAACCUGGCUAUUCGAGUGUAGUCACCUCUUCUGCCACACCCGUCUCUUCUAGUGAAGUUAUUACUUCUUCUGCCGCACCCGCCUCUUCUAGUGAAGUGAUUACUUCUUCUGAACCUGGCUUUUCGAGUGUAGUCACCUCUUCUGCCACACCCGCCUCUUCUAGUGAAGUUAUUACUUCUUCUGCCGCACCCGCCUCUUCUAGUGAAGUGAUUACUUCUUCUGAACCUGGCUAUUCGAGUGUAGUCACCUCUUCUGCCACACCCGUCUCUUCUAGUGAAGUGAUUACUUCUUCUGCCGCACCCGCCUCUUCUAGUGAAGUAACUACUUCUUCUGAACCUAGCUAUUCGAGUGCAGUCAGGUCCUCUGCCGGACCAGUCUUUGCCAGCGUACCUAUUUCUUCUAAUGGUGUCACUUCUUCUACCGAAAGUUUAUAUACUGCUUCCGCUUCCACUCAAAUUCUUGUUUCUUCAAGCAGAGCUGCCGAUUUCUUCACUAGACCCACUGCCUCUACUAAGUCUAAGUUUCUUGGUGACUCUUCUAUUCAAUCCACUAUUACUUUUUUUUCUACUUCCUCCCCACUUGCUAGUUCAUCUGAUGAAGUAACUACUUCUACUGAGAGAGGCUCUUUCAAUAUUUCCACCAGUGAAAGUAUUAUCUCUAUUUCAGAGCCCUCUAGUUCACCUAUGUUUACUUCGAUUACUUACAAUACUAGGAGUGCUUCCUCUGUAGAACUUUUAUUAUCUAAAGAGUUAAGUUGCACUUCCAGUCCCUCAAUCGUUUCUCAAUCAAUUGUCUCUCCCUCUCCUAUGUAUCCUACAUCUUCAGCUGCUUCCCUCAAGUCAACUUCUCCUCUCUCGGCCUCCCCAAGAAGUACUUGUAGUGUUACCAGAGGUUCCGAAUGUACCACCAGUAGUACAGUAGUCCCUUCAGGAAAUGUCCAUAAUGGGACCUUGACAAUAGAGAAUCUACCAACAGAUGAAAUUGUUAUAACUAGUUGUAAGAGAGGUUGCUCCGAAACAUUUGCUGCUCACAAUUUUACCGGGUUUCAAAUAGAUAGCACCAUCAGCAGUGCUCCUAUGACUAACUUUAAAGACGGUCCCACUAAAAAAGAUAGUAUUUUGACGAAAACUCAAGUUUCUACUGUCGAAGUCACUAUAAGUAGUUGCUCGGACGAUUUUUGUACUGUUUUGACCACUCCAAUUGUUAAUGACGACUCCUGGAUUAGCACAUUAUCAGGUUCCAAACUCAUUACUACUGAAAAAAUCAGCUGCUCGGCUGGAACAUUUACCACUAUAAACAUUCCAGCUUCUACUAUCAUGGUUAGAACUACUGCAACUACUGAUGUUGCUACCACUAGUUGCAAGAAUAUUGAACAAGACACUACAGUAACGAAGACGAACUUUUUUACCACUGAAACCACUAUUACUAGUUGCUCCGCCGGUACCUGUGCCAUGCUGACAUCUCCGGUAACCAUUUUUAACACUAAUGAGAACACAUUGGCCACUGCUGAACCUUCCAAUAUUGUAACACCUGUAACAAGUUGUUUAGCUGGUUUUUGCUCCACUCUAACUGUUGCAGUUCCUACUAUUAGUGGUAAAGCAACUACGAUCAACGAUGUUGCUACUACCAGUAGUAAAGAUACUAACGAAGAUAAUACUUCAACAAAAACAAAAGUGUCCUCUUUUAUAAGCACUACAACCAGUUGCUCUGCCGGUGUAUGUACGACUCUGACAGUCCCAGUUACCACUGUUAACGCCAAAGCUAGCACAUCGAACAAAGCUGAAUAUUCUACUCCCUAUAAAACUAAAGUCAGUUGCUCAGACGAUGUUCGCAUUACCCUAGCUUCUACGGCUACUGCUAUCGAUGCUGGUGCUAACAUGUUUACGAGGACCGAGGUGCCUGCCAUUGAAACCACUGUAACUAGCUGUUCAGAUGGCGCCUGUGCCACAAUAAUUGCACCAAUUGCUACUGCUACCAGUAUGGCCAUCUCUCAAAUUCCAGAAACAUCUUCAACCGCUUCCAUCAUUGUUUCAUCUGCUUCUUAUACUGUUAGUAUCAAUACUAAUGGUGCGUAUAAAUUUCAUGGAGAUAACCUUCUUGGUGCUGUUUUGGGUGGUGCCGCUUUAUUACUGUUAUGA